UACAAGUGUUGGUUACAGCUCGGACGCAGACACAUGAUGCAAGCUACCUUGAGGUGUCAUCUUGGUGCUGUACCCCACUUCGGUGCAGACUGAAAUCUUGCAAUGAUGCUCCAUAAUCCCACCGUCCCAUCCAUUUCCAGGGUGUUUGCUCUCUCCUCUGUUCUCUCCUUUUUUUCUAGCCUUUACUAUCUCCUCUGCCUUUCUGUGCCUUUCUUCUUUCUUUUUUUCUCCCCUUCCUUUAUAUGUAAUUUUUAUUUCGCUUUUCCGACCUUCCUUCUCUUUACUUUUUCUUCUUCCUUCUUUGCUUUCUUAUGGAUAGGGAAAGCCGAUGACGCUGCUGCUAUCUGCAAGCCGAACCUGAGACUCAUGGAAUCACGACGGUUCUCGAGGAACAUGAACACAUUCUGGCGAUGGUUGUUCCUACACCAAAGUCCGGAACUUGCAUGAAUCUUGAGGUAUAUAGUGAUCGGUCAAUGAACACAGUACCUUAGCCAGGGGCACAUGGACACCUUGCCAUCCAAUUCAAAGCCCGGAAUGACUACAUACCAUACCUUAAGUUAUCUACCAGGAACAGACCUAACCAGG